AUGCCUGAGGUUGACCGGUCGAUCAUAACGCAUAGGUUGGCGGUCGAUCCCGACCUCAGGCCUGUGGAUCAGAAGAGAAGGCAUUUGUCAAAUGAUCGCAUGGACUUUGUGAAGCGGGAAGUAGAUACGCUGCUAGCCGCGGGGCACAUUCAGGAGGUUAAAUAUCCCGGCUGGCUGGCCAGCGUGGUGUUGGUGCCCAAGCCGCCGGCGUGGAGAAUGUGCGUCGACUACACCGACCUCUACAAGGCCUGUCCGAAGGAUCCCUUCCCUUUGCCCCGAAUCGAUCAGCUGGUAGACGACACGGCUGGCUAUGCCUUGCUCAGCUUCAUGGAUGCUUUCCGCUGCUACCAUCAGGUAUUCAUGCACGAGUCGGAUGAAGAAAAGACCGCCUUUAUCACCCCGGAAGGGGUAUACUGCUAUAGGGUAAUGCCUUUCGGUCUUAAAAAUGCUGGAGCCACUUAUACUCGAAUGGUAGCCCGAUUGUUCAAAGGGUUGAUAGGCGGAUCCAUGGCCGCUUACGUUGAUGAUAUGCUUGUCAAGAGCAAGGAGGAAACUAACCACGUGAAGGAUCUGACAGAUUGUUUUGUAAUUAUGAGGAAGUUCAACCUAAGGUUAUACCCCAAGAAGUGCGCGUUCGCGGUUAAAUGA